CAUAAAUUCUUCGAGAGCAAACGUUAAACAAGACAAGGCUCAGACCAAAAGCUCCUCUACAUUCUAGCCAACCGAUCCUCUCGUAACCUUCGAUUUCUCCGCCAUUUCUAUAAUUUCUUUCGUUUCAUGGUUUCUUUUAUUGUUAAUCUCUCUCUAGUCUCUACAUCCUGCUAGAUCUCGUGUGGUGACGGAUAAUGGCCACGUUCGAACUUUACCGGAGGUCGACGAUCGGGAUGUGCCUGACCGAGACUUUGGACGAGAUGGUUCAGAACGGCACUCUCAGUCCUGAACUGGCAAUUCAGGUUCUUGUCCAGUUCGACAAGUCUAUGACUGAAGCUUUGGAAGCUCAAGUGAAAAGUAAGGUCAACAUUAAGGGGCAUCUGCACACUUACAGAUUUUGUGACAACGUUUGGACCUUCAUCUUACAGGGUGCCACGUUUAAGAGUGAGGAAUGCCAGGAGAAUGUUGGCCAGGUGAAAAUUGUGGCGUGUGAUUCAAGGCUGCUCACGCAAUGAGAUGCCCGGGGUCAGUUGCCUGUUUAAUAAGGAGAAUUUUACUGUCCCUUGGUUGGAAGUAGAGGGAAAUGGUGGGAGCUGGUCUGAUUACCUGCAGUAACUUUGUAACUGUAAGACAUUGAACGUAAAUUGUAAAGCUACCACGCUCCAUGAUUAUAAUUUUUCGAUGUUACAUGUAUUAUGGUUCCAGUUCA